UCACUAACUUUCACAACUUGUGCAAUUCCUCGCCCACCGCCCUUCUCCGUUCUCCCCGUCUCUCUCCCCUACAGUUUAAUUUCUCCUUUCUAUGUGUUUGUAUCUCUAAAAUGGCUUCCCUGGAGGACAUAGCCGUUUCCGCCUUCAUCAACAUUUUAAGCGCCAUCGGCUUCCUCCUCGCUUUCGCUGUGCUGAGAGUUCAGCCCAUCAACUCUAGAGUUUACUACCCCAAGUUGUACAUCAAUGGGUUGAGGAGUUCGCCUCGAGGGUCCAUGAAUGGGGUCCUCCGCUUUGUCAAUUUCAACAUCUGGAGCUACAUCGUCAGCUUCUUGGGCUGGAUGCCGGAAGCGCUUAAGAUGAGCCAGACGGAGAUCAUUCAGCACGCCGGCCUCGAUUCCGCAAUCUAUCUCCGGAUUUACAUUCUUGGCUUAAAGAUAUUUGUGCCAUUGACAAUCUUGGCGCUAUUGGUUAUAAUACCUGUCAAUGUAUCUAGUGGAACAUUACUAGAUCUCAAGAAAGAUAUUGUUUUCAGUGACAUUGAUAAGCUCUCCAUUUCAAAUGUCAAACCAGGAUCUGAAAGGUUUUGGGUUCACCUCUGCAUGGCGUACAUAUUCACCUUAUGGACUUCCUAUAUGCUGUACAUGGAAUAUGAUAAUGUAGCUUUUAUGCGGUUGCAUUUCUUGGCAUCACAACACCGUCGUGUGGAGCAAUUCACAGUAGUUGUCAGAAAUGUUCCUCAAAUCUCAGGUCAUUCCAUUGCAGAGACUGUGGAUCAUUUCUUUCAGAAGAAUCAUCCUGACCACUAUCUUAGUCACCAGGCUGUUUACAAUGCAAACAGAUUUGCUAAACUUGUCAGGCAAAAGGAAAGGCUGCAAAACUGGUUAGACUAUAACCAGAUCAAAUUUGAACGAAAUCCAGAUAAACGGCCGACCAGUAAGAUUGGCUUCCUUGGCCUUUGUGGUCGAAGAGUAGAUUCAAUUGAAUAUUAUAAACAAAGGAUUAAAGUGCUUGACAAUAGA